AUGGCCGAUUCAACAAAAGAACAAAUGAUCAUUGAUAUUUUCAAAGAUUUUCGUAACCAGACCGUACUAUUCACCAAUGCUAAUAUGGACAAGAAUGUGAAGAAAAUUAUCGAUUUUGCUGCUGAUAAGGCGAAACAAGAUUCCAUGAGAUAUCCCUUUGUGACUGUACUAGUUGUUGGGAUGCCAAAUGUUGGUAAAUCAUCUUUGAUUAAUUCGAUGAGAAGACUUGGGGUCCACAAAGGCAAGGCAGCGAAGACUGGUGCUAUGCCUGGUGUUACGAGAUCAGUUGAAGGGACUAUAAAAGUAUUUGAAAACCCAACAGUGUAUCUUAUUGAUACUCCUGGUGUAAUGAUUCCAUAUAUUGCCGAUCCGAUAUCUUCGCUAAAAGUUGCAUUAACAGGUGGUGUGAAGGAUGACGUAGCAGACAAAGAAAUAAUGGCAGACUAUCUUCUCUGGCGUCUAAAUCACUUUAGUAAUUUCAGUUACGUAGACUUUUUCCACUUGCCAGAGCCAACGGAUGACAUAACUGUUCUUCUUCCAGCAAUAGCUCGUCGCAUUGGUGCGCUACAAAAGGGAAGGGAAUAUGAUCUCGACCAGGCUGCUACCUUCUUUCUAAAAUAUUACCGAACUGGAAAAUUUGGUCGAUACACUUUAGAUGAUGUGACUCCAGAUAUAUUGCAAAAGUAUUUGUUAACACCACGAACGGAUGCAUUGAGUAAGAAUCAGGAGAAGAAGAGUGAGAAGGAGAGAAAGAAAGAGAAAAGAUUGGAGAAAUGGAGAAGGAUGGGGAUUGUUGUUAAGAAGUGA